AGCUAUCAUUUGGUGCGCUUUAGACUAAGUUGAAUUCAAUUUUGACAGCCCUCUUACAACUAGCUACAGCAUUUAAUCUGAUAAAGUAAUUUAGGAUAGAAAAGUGCCGUAGUAACAACGCAAAUAAGGCUUAUUUUUGGAUAAGACCAUUACAGCUUCUAUUUUUGUGUUUGACGCAAGCACAAUAAGCAAAGGUAAACAAUGCACUAGUCCUCUUCUUUAAACCGACGUUAAAAGCAUUCGCAUCUGCAUGAAACAGUUUUAUACGCUCAUGUUAUUAUUUUAUCUGCUUCAUCGCCAUGUUGAGCGUGGUGUGUGCAUUUACCUCAUUUCAUUAGAUGACAUGUUUGCUUAGGGCUGGUCGAUUGUGUGUGGCGUUUACAGAACGUCUUAUGUUUUUGGCAGUGACACGAUUGACUGGCAUAUCUAAAGUUUGCCUAGCUGUAGACUGCGUCCAGUGCGGAUGAAGUGUUCAUCCCUCUUUUCGUGAAAUAAAAACAUUCUUAAUCUACCAGCUUUUGCGCGCGCACGAAAAAAUAGUAGCAAAAUCGUAGAGUAUUUUUUUAAUCAAGCGUGUUCUUGGCAUCUUGGAUGUCUUUCAGCGCAUACGUCGUAUUGACGAAAGCGCAUUCUCUUUUGUAGCCAUCGCGAUUGGCGCGUCAGUGUCUUCCGAACAAACAUAUAUUGGCACAAGUGUUCUUUUAUAUCAUCUAGAAAAUUUGCGCAUUUGAACAAAGAAGCCAUUUUUUCGAGUUACGGAACUCUGGGAUUGGCGGCAGGUAACUUAAUUCUCUUGCAAUAAUAGGAGCAUUGUGGAAUGAGAAGGCAGUUGAAAUAAGAAAGGAAUAAAGGUUUAUGGUGGAAUAUAUAACGUCUUCUAUUGUAAAUAACAUCCUGAGGAUUUGGGAGAUUCUCAGUGAUUUAUUCAGGUAUAGAAAAGCAAAAUGGACUUAGUAAACAGCAGUGCAAUCAAUGGCAUGUCAAAGGCCCUUCAAGGAGCCCGCAUGAUCUGGCCAGUGGCAUUCUCUGUAGUAUCAUGCGCCAUAAUCCUCGCCAACAUUCUCACCAUCACUGUUUUCACACGGGCUACGCUACGGCGCGUGCGCAAACGAACACACUAUCUCCUUGUCAGCCUCGCUUUGGCGGACUUGAUGGUCGGUAGCUUAUCAUGCCCUCUCUUCAUACGGGACCUGUUGUUUACCAAUGAACACAGAUCCACCAAGAUCCGACUGGCGACACACGAGGUGAUUGACAUUGUAUCUGGAUUCGCGUCCGUUUUGACGCUCGCUUCGGUUGCGGUGGAGCGCUGGUUUGCUGUCCGCUGGCCACUGAAACAUAAAAUCGUGGGCUCGUACGCUUAUUGCUUGCUUAUAGGAAUGCCAUGGUUCAUUGCCAUGGUAAUAUCAAUGCUUUACUUGCUGGGGUUUAUCUAUGGAGUUGUGUCAUCUAAUGUAUUGUCUUUUGUGGCGAUUGCGUGUUUAUCAAUGGCUUUGCUUAUCGUCAUUGUGGCAUAUGCCUUUAUUUGGAAGAAAGCAAAAGGGCGGGAAUGGAAGCCGAGGUCGCAAGGCUCAGACCAAGAGCGAAGGCUCGCGCGGACUCUCAUCACUGUGACAUGCGCAUCGAUGAUUUGCUGGUUGCCAUUCGAGGUGCUACUAAUCGUAUUCCACACGUGUAAGGGUUGCAGAGAGCCCUUCAAAGACGAAUUGUCCUUCAUGUACAAAAGCUUUAAACUUUUACAGUUCAGUAAUUCCUUUAUUAACACUAUAAUUUAUUCCUUCCGAAUUCCCGAGUUUAACAGAGCUAUAAGGACAUUUUGGAAGCAAUUAAAAUGCAAGCUUGAUGCUCCGAUACCCCCGGAUAGGGCACGCAGUGUGCAGUUAACUUCUAUUCGGAAAUUUCUCGUGUCACCCCGAUUAGAUUCCGAACGAACUCGGCCAUCGAUCCUUGCGGUGGUUUAUAGCGGGCAAAUGCCGAGUAAAGUGAUAAUGAAUUCCCCGCUUCUUUCUCUGACAAACCACACGACAGGCAGGAGAUCGACUAAUGCAUUUUAAGACAAAAAAGAGAAGGUAGCCGCAUGAACGCCAGACGGUGGAAAAACCUAUUGUCUACCCGCACCACAUAUACCCUGAUAAUCACGGUUAAUAAAGAAAUAAAACUCCAAGAAAUCAUAUUAAAACUAUUCUAAGUGA